ACCGACCAUCCCGUGCCCCCGUGCCUCGAUAUCGCUGUCUCUGGGGAUCGUGUACCACCCCGUGUGUUUCCGGGGAUAUUUUGAGCCGUACCCAUGGCCGCGGUUCCCACUAUGGUGAACGACGUAGGGAAAAAGAUGUCGUUUGCAAGGGUCGCCGCAGCAUCGACGCCCAAGGGCUCCAAGCCUACCGCUACCGCCGCCAGAGUGCUCGACUCGGCACCUGUCAAGGAUAGAAGAGACGCUGCCAUGUCUAUGGCCGCACCCGCCAUUGUUUCUACCACUCCCAACAACAUCGCCGCAUCGCCCAAUGUGCACCACAUGGCCGGUAAUGAGGACCCCGCCGAUUCUAAGCUCGUCAGCGGACUGAAGGACCUCAAAUUGGAAGCAAAGGCGCCGCUCAAUCUUGUCGUUGACGGGUCUCUGGGAGGUAUGCCGGAAAGGCCGAGCAAAGUCGGCAACAGCCAGACACCGUCAGACGACACAUCGCAACGAGCCGACUCCAGCUCGGAGCUAGGAACCAAGCCUCCCAGUUUGGACGGCAAGAGUAUUACCUCAGGCACCACAUUCGCGUUGGACGAGAAGGAAUCACUACGUCCCGACGACAGCGCCAGUGUCAAGGCCGCCGCCGAGGAUGACGAUGCUUUUUCGAUCCGCGGUUCCUACAUGGCCAGUUCCCGCUUAGGCUCGGACGUUGCGGCUCGUAUCCAGCGUAUCCAGAUCGGAGAUAUGCCACCGCGGGGUCUUCCUGCCCAUCAACUCUUGGCUGGAACCAAGAUCCAAGGUGUCAGCACACCACAGAGCGGCAACUCGGACAAGCAGGUGGUACCGGACCCGAAAGUGGCCCUGGUCGGUGGAACGGCGACUCCUGAUGCCCUGGCACCAAACGCUUUCUAUAGCCAGAACCCCGAUGAUAAACUUCUCGAGGCAAUGCAGUCGCCCAAGGACCGUAUAUUCUUGCUGAGACUCGAGCAGCAAGUCAUCGACUUUGUCCAGGACUCAAAGGAGCCUUACAUGGACCUGCCCCCGAGCAACUCGUUUUGCAGAAUGUUGACUCACAGGCUUGCUGAUUAUUACCAUAUGACACACUCUUAUGAGGCAGCCGCGGGAGCAGUGCGCAUCUUUCGGACACCCUUUUGCAGGAUCCCCCCCUCUCUAUCGAGUAUCGCGACGGCGAGCACGCCCGGCAGCAGUUCGCCCGCGCCAGUUGUUUUGCCACGGAAAAUCAUGCGCCGCGGCGAGGACGGGGAGCUGGGUCCUGCGAGCGCCGGUCCUUCAAAACCAACGUCAGAGGCAGGCAGCGACUCCAAGGACAAGAACGGCCCGUCCAAGGAGAAACUUACGAGAGAGGAGCGUGAAGAGGCAUACAACAAAGCCCGGCAGCGGAUAUUCGGAAGCGUUGAGAAGAGCGAAAACUCGAACCAAGACGGUGAAGAUAGCACUGGCGUCUCCCGGGCUAGCUCGGUGUCGGCAAAAGACAAGCCCAACAGCGGCAAGAGGAAAACGAAGCGCCGGGAUGACUCGGAGAGCUUCGAGUCGCGGUCUCAAUAUGUUGCCUGGUGUGGACCUCAGCAUCCCACCUGGGGUCCCUCUGCUCCCCAGUAUUUCCCGGUGAACGCAGCCCCGUUCAACGGUCAAUUCCAGCAGCCGCAGCAGCCAUACCCGAACGCUGCGCAACCCAUGUACCCACCCGGCCAGCCAUAUACACCGCAAAUGGUACCCAACAACGGGUUUACUUCCCAAUACACAGGAAUGCCAACUUACCCGACGCCACCUAUGCCGCCGGCUGUCCCACAGACUGUCCCACAAGUUGUCCCUCAGCCCGUGCCCCAAGCUGUGCCCCAAGCUGUGCCGCCACCACCGCCGCCACAACAACAGCAGCAGCAGCAGCAGCAGCAGCAGCAGCAACAACAACAACAGGGUUACCGCGCACCAAAUCCGAUCGGCGGCCCGUAUGGCAGUCCCGUGCCGAGUAUCUCACAGCCAGCGUGGCCCCAGCAAGGCUUUAGUCAGAGCGUGUACCCCCCGCGGUCUAGCCCCGUUCCCCCUCCAGGGGUUCCCUAUGCUUACGGCCAGCUCCCGGCACACGUCAACCCAAGCGAUCCCAAGAGCCAGCAUCCCAUCCCGGGCAGUUAUAACCGGCAAGCGUUCAAUCCGAAAACGCAGUCGUUUGUCCCGGGCAACGGGCUUCCCCUGCAGCCGCCACCGCCACCGCACGUGUCUGGUCCCUAUGGAGGAUCAAGCCCGCGGCAUGGUAGCCCGCAGUUCCACUCGCCGCACAUGAGCUACGCCGGGUACCAGCAGCCACUACCACAGCCAGGCUUUGGGCCUCCUCCGCCCGGGCCGUAUGGUAUGACGAGGCAGGGUUCCAACAACUCUAUGCCACCGUACCAUGCUGUGCAGCAACCUCCCCAUGUGCAACCGCCGCUGCCCCACGGACCACCGCAUAUGCCUCCGGGCGGCCCCAUGCACAUGCCCAACAAGCCGGUAGGGCCUCCUCCGGGCCCGGGUCAGGCAUUCAGUCAUCUUCCCAACUACGGUAACCCCGCCACAUUGCCGCAGAAGCCUUCCACAUAGGAGAGGAGUUUGAG